UAAUCAAUGGGACUAACCAAAGAUUAUACAAGGUUUAUACCAAAUGGUGAUCCUUUUGGGCUAAUUGGUUCACCGGAUUCUUGUUUACGCUAUGUAACAAUCAACGGAAUUAUGGAUAAAUAUGUUGCCACCAGUGGCCUUCAACAUAUCAACAUUUGGGACACAAAAACGCAACAAUUAAUUUACACUCUUGGUUCGGGCUCUUCAAUGAUCACUUAUUUUAAUGUUAAUUCUGUUAAUGAACCUUUAAUUGCUAUUGGUCGUAGUGAUGGCUCCAUUCAAUUAGUUAAUUAUGUUACCUCUGAAUUGAAAGUUACUCUUAAUGGACACAAGGGAAACAUAACCUGCCUCUCAUUUGAUCCGAUUAACAUGAGACUUGUUUCUGGGGCUGUUGAUACAACCAUAAUUGUUUGGGACAUUGUCAAUGAAUCUGGUCUGUUCAAGCUUAAAGGACACAAGAAUCUAAUCACUCAAGUUAAAUUCAUGAAAUUACACAAUUGUAUCAUUUCAAGUUCCAAAGAUGGAACCAUCAAAUUCUGGGAUCUCGAAACUCAGCAUUGUUUCAAAACAUUUAUCGCUCAUAGAAAUGAAGUUUUAGAUUUUAUUCUUUUCAAAAAUGAUACCAGAUUGAUUACUGGAAGCGACGAAUUCAAGGUUUGGAAGAUUAGUCUUCGAUCUGAUGAAGAUGUAGCAAAGGAAAACAAUCAAUCAGAUGAAGACGAAGAUGACGAUGAAGUAGAAGACAGUGAAAAUAUCAAAGACGAAACUAGUAUGUUCAAAGUUGCUUCUUAUGGGUCAAUUCUUAGAGCCAACGGUAGCCGUUUUCGAGGAUUCAGUAUGGACAAAAGUGAACGGUUCAUCUUAUGCUAUGGAAUGGAUGCUCAUGUUGAAUGUUUCAAGAUUCGAAAUGAACAAGAGAUCAAAAAACGUUUACAAAAGAAAGAGAAAUCCCGUCGUAAAAGAGCAGCAACAAACGCUGAGCAAAAUGUAGAUGAGACCAACGAAGAAUCAUCAACCAUUACCCUUAAAGAAGAGAUCGAACGACUUGAAGUAUUUAAAGCUAAUGGUCGAGUUAAAUUCUGUGAUAUAUUUAUCCAAAAAAACGCUGCCAAAGUGACCCUUUUAUUGGGUAACAAUGUCAUCGAAAUGUAUUCAUAUAAUCUGGUCAAUUCUGAGGUUGAACCAAUGGUUAGAUUAGACAAUGAAGGCCAUCGAACUGACAUUCGGACAUUAACAUUUAGCUCAGAUAAUCACAUGAUUCUAUCGGCAAGUGGUGAAUCACUUAAAUUGUGGAAUCGAUCAACCCGCCGAUGUAUAACAACCAUCAAAGAGGAUUUUGAAUAUGCAUUGUGUUCACUAUUUGUUCAUGGUAACAAAUAUGCUAUCACUGGAACCAAAACUGGUAAACUUCAAAUAUUUGACAUUGGCUUAGCGGAAAUAAUUGAGACCAUUGAAGCAUCCGAAUCGGGUAGACCAAUAUGGUCAAUAUGUGCUCACCCGGACGGAAAAAGUAUUGUCUCUGGAUCGGAGGAUAAGACUGUUAAAUUUUGGAACCUUGAACUAACUAAAUCAUCUAAAACCAACAAAAUGGUUAUCACUUUAAUCCAUACCCGAACACUGGCCACAGAUGAAGGUGUUCUUGGUGUUAAAAUAAGUUCUAAUAGUAGACUUAUAGCAGUUUCCAUGCUUGAUUGUACUGUUAAAAUUUUCUACCUUGAUACACUUAAAUUUUUCCUCUCUCUUUAUGGACAUAAAUUACCUGUUCUUUCAAUGGACAUUGCCGAUGAUUCGAGUAUCAUUGCCACGGGUUCAGGUGAUAAGAAUAUUAAAAUAUGGGGAUUAGAUUUUGGUGAUUGUCGUCGAUCAAUUUUCGCUCAUGAUGAGGCCAUAACCUGUGUCCAAUUUGUUCCCAAUUCAAAGUUACUAUUCACCUGUUCCCGAGAUAAAACAAUCAAAUACUGGGAUACAACUAAUUAUGAACGUAUUAUGACCCUUAAAGGUCAUCAAUCGGAAGUUUGGACUUUAGCAUGUUCACCUAAUGGUAAACACGUUGUUUCUGCUUCACAUGAUAAAACACUUCGACUUUGGAUGGAAACUGAUGAGCUACUUAUCCUCGAAGAAGAAAGAGAAAUCGAAAGAGAAGAGGAAUUAGAUGAAAAUAACGAUGGUGGAAUUGAAAGUAAUCAUAUAAUUCCCGGUGAUGGUAAUAAAGAAUCAUCUUUACCCGUUAAAUCAACCAAAGAAACUGUAAUUGCCACCGAACGAUUGAUCGAAGCAAUCGAAAUUUUCAAGGAAGAAAUCAAAUCAAAUGCCAUUUUCAAGGCUCAAUGUCAAUCAGCUGAAAGUUGUGGUAAAAAGUUGCCCAAACCAAUAGCACCUAAUCCAGUUCUAUCGGCUUUUAAAACGGAUGACCCAUACAGAUACAUUUACAUCAUUCUAACUCGUAUCAAACCAAGUGAAAUCCAAGAGACCCUAUUAAGUUUACCAUUUAAUUACGUUUCCGAUUUACUAAUCAUUCUGACAAAUCAUCUAGAAAAAGAUUGGGAUCGGGAAACAAUAUUAAAAUAUAUUUGUUUCCUUGUUAGAACUCAUUUUGGUCAAAUAAGCUCAACACCUCGACUUAUUCCCACCAUUGAUUCAUUAAGAAACCUUAUGAAACCCAAAUUGAUGGAAACAAAGAAUUUAUUUGGUUUCAAUCAAUCAGCACUUCAAUUCAUUCAAACUGAAAUUGAAUCUCGGGAAGAAGUGAAAUUAUUCUAUGAGACAUUUAAAAAGCGCGAGAAAAAUCGUAAUAAACGGAAAAAGGCAAAAAAGAUUGUUGAAAAUGCUCCCAUAUUAUCUUUACGAUAAUUGAAUAAGCAACGAAUUGAUUGUUAUACAGUUGAUUGGAUUGCGAGAGAUAAUUUUUACCUUUAAUCAAACUUUUUUUCUCAAGCCUUUUUUCACCAUCGCCAUAAAACCAUAACCAUUAUCAUCUUGACGGAUUGAUACACAACAUACACUCACACCGAUCACAUACAUAUUACAAUGAUAAUACAAUUACAGAUUAAUAAUGAUAAUGAUUAACUGAUUGUUAAUUCAUUAUAACCUGUGGUUGGUGUGUAUUAAACUCCCUUGUACAAAAGGGUAACUACAAUAAGAGAUAUUGAAGAAAAAAAAACUUUCAAAAUAAUAAAAUUGUUGCAAGAAAUAAAAACUCAUCUAAAUCAAACCAAUCAUAAUAA